CUGCGCGCUGCUUCCCCGCGCGAAGCUCUGGUGUCUCCUCCUUGACUCCUGAGCCCAAACAGUUGGCGCUGAAAACACUUUCCUCCUCUUCCUCCUUGCGCGCGAGCCCUCCCACCCUCCCCGCGUGCCGCCUCCCGCCUCCCGCAGCAGGCCGGGAGAGUGACCCCCCCAAACGCGGCGAGAAGCGGCUCCCAACUAUUAGGCGGGAGCAGUUUGGAGGCUGGAUAUCGGAGAAUCUCUAGAUUGGGGUCCGCCGCCAGCCCCUCCUCGUGGAUCCAGCUUCAUUUUCAUAUUUAAAGAGGAUUUUCUCAUUACCUUUGAUUACUACAUUUUACGAAAUUUCUGGAGGAGCUCGGUGGGAAAGACUUUGGGGUAUCAUAUUUUAAGAAAAAAAACCAUUGAAGGGACAUUUAUUAAUUUUUCUUGGGUUUUGGAAUCACCCUCUGGACGAGAGAGCGAGCGAUCGAGAGCGAGGAGGGAAGAGCGGAGAGGACCCGCGAGGCGCGCCAGCCGGAGCCCCCUCCUUCCCGGCCGCCCCCUCCCCGCUCCCCCAGCACACACUCGCUCGCCUGCUCGCCGGCGCGCGCACACCCCCCGCGCCGGACCCGCACCUCGGCGGGCGCCACACACUCGGCAGCCCGAGCCUCGGUAGCCGCAGCGGGAUGGAGGCGGCGCGCACCGAGCGCCCUGCAGGCUGGCCCGGGGCGCCCCUCGCCCGGACGGGGCUCCUGCUUCUGUCGACGUGGGUCCUGGCUGGCGCCGAGAUCACUUGGGGCGCGACGGGUGGUCGUGGGCGCCCCGCGGCCCCGGCUUCGCGGCCGACGGCUCUGCCUCCUCUUAUGCCGCGGUCGUUGGCAAGCCAGUGGCCGGAGGAGCCGGGGAUGGCGCGGAGGGGCGCCGCGCUGGGGCACCGGUCCGGACCCGACCCUCUGCCCCAGCCAGGCGGUGGUAGAGGCGAAAAGAAGCAAGGAGAAGCCGCGGGGCCAUCGCCCGCAGGCGCUCGGUGGGAACAGGACAUCCUUGCUCCUGGCAAGUCAGGCGGCGCGAGGAGGAGUCGCCGGGCGCAGCCCCCGAGUGCCCUGGAACGCGGGAACAGCUGGGCCACUGCCUUGGGCGAUGGUUCCAGAGGAAACCGCCAUGUGGCCAAAGGUCUCCGGGAGGAGGUGAAGGCGCCGCGGGCCGGGGGGGCGGCGGCCGAAGAGCUCCGGCUGCCCAGCACCUCGUUCGCGCUGACCGGGGACUCGGCCCACAACCAAGCCAUGGUGCACUGGUCGGGACACAACAGCAGCGUCAUACUUAUCCUGACGAAGCUCUAUGACUUCAACCUGGGGAGCGUGACAGAGAGUUCCUUGUGGAGAUCAACGGAUUAUGGCACCACCUAUGAAAAGCUGAAUGACAAAGUAGGUCUGAAGACUGUCCUCAGUUACCUCUACGUAAACCCCACCAAUAAAAGGAAGAUCAUGCUUCUUAGUGAUCCUGAAAUGGAGAGUAGCAUAUUGAUCAGCUCAGAUGAAGGGGCAACUUAUCAGAAGUACCGGCUCACUUUCUACAUCCAGAGCCUGCUCUUUCAUCCCAAGCAAGAAGACUGGGUGCUAGCCUACAGUCUGGAUCAAAAGCUCUACAGCUCCAUGGACUUUGGGAGACGGUGGCAACUCAUGCAUGAACGCAUCACACCCAACAGGUUUUACUGGUCAGUGGCUGGACUGGAUAAGGAGGCAGACCUGGUGCACAUGGAGGUGCGGACCACGGAUGGAUAUGCUCACUACCUCACCUGCAGGAUCCAGGAAUGUGCUGAGACGACUCGGAGUGGGCCUUUUGCCCGUUCCAUUGACAUCAGUUCCCUGGUUGUCCAGGAUGAAUACAUCUUCAUUCAGGUAACAACUGGGGGCAGAGCCAGCUACUACGUGUCCUAUCGAAGAGAGGCCUUCACUCAGAUAAAGCUGCCCAAGUACUCGCUGCCGAAGGACAUGCAUAUCAUCAGUACUGAUGAGAACCAAGUGUUUGCAGCCGUCCAAGAAUGGAACCAGAAUGACACCUACAACCUUUACAUCUCGGACACACGUGGGAUCUACUUCACUCUGGCCAUGGAAAACAUUAAGAGUACCCGAGGUCUAAUGGGAAACAUCAUUAUUGAAUUGUAUGAGGUAGCAGGUAUCAAAGGGAUAUUCCUGGCAAACAAGAAGGUGGAUGACCAAGUGAAGACAUACAUCACUUACAACAAGGGCAGGGAUUGGCGCCUACUGCAAGCUCCAGAUAUGGACCUGAGAGGAAGCCCGGCACACUGCCUGCUGCCCUUUUGCUCCUUACACCUGCACUUACAGCUCUCUGAAAACCCGUAUUCCUCAGGAAGAAUAUCUAGCAAGGCAACAGCCCCAGGACUUGUGGUGGCUACAGGCAACAUUGGCCCGGAGCUCUCAUAUACUGAUAUUGGUGUGUUCAUCUCUUCUGAUGGGGGCAACACCUGGAGACAGAUCUUUGAUGAAGAGUACAAUGUCUGGUUCCUAGACUGGGGUGGCGCCCUCGUGGCCAUGAAACACACACCUCUGCCAGUCAGGCAUUUGUGGGUGAGUUUUGACGAGGGCCACUCCUGGGACCAGUACGGUUUCACGUCGGUUCCUCUCUUUGUUGACGGGGCUCUUGUGGAGGCAGGAGUGGAGACCCAGAUCAUGACAGUUUUUGGCCACUUCAGUCUCCGCUCUGAAUGGCAGUUGGUGAAAGUGGACUACAGAUCUAUCUUCAGCAGGCGCUGCACCAAGGAGGACUACCAGACCUGGCACCUGCUCAAUCAGGGGGAGCCAUGUGUCAUGGGCGAAAGGAAAAUAUUCAAAAAACGCAGACCAGGAGCUCAAUGUGCCUUGGGCCGAGACUCCUCGGGGACGGUGGUGUCAGAACCCUGCGUCUGUGCUGACUGGGACUUCGAGUGUGACUAUGGCUACGAGAGACAUGGAGACAGCCAGUGUGUCCCAGCUUUCUGGUAUAAUCCAGCAUCCCCGUCAAAAGACUGCAGCCUUGGUCAAAGCUACCUUAACAGCACUGGGUACCGGCGGAUUGUGUCCAACAACUGCACAGACGGGCUGAGGGAGAAGUACACUGCCAAGGCCCAGAUGUGCCCUGGCAAAGCUCCCCGGGGCCUCCACGUGCUGACGACCGACGGACGCCUGGUGGCAGAGCAGGGGCACAACGCGACCUUCAUCGUUCUCAUGGAGGAGGGUGAUCUCCAAAGGACAAACAUCCAGCUUGACUUUGGGGAUGGGAUCGCGGUGUCCUAUGCUAACUUCAGCCCCAUCGAGGAUGGCAUCAAGCACGUGUACAAGAGUGCAGGGAUCUUCCAGGUGACAGCCUAUGCAGAGAACAGCCUGGGCUCAGACACAGCCGUCCUCUUCCUGCAUGUGGUUUGUCCUGUGGAACAUGUUCAUCUCCGAGUUCCAUUUGUCGCCAUAAGAAAUAAGGAGGUCAACAUCAGUGCGGUUGUGUGGCCCAGUCAACUGGGGACCCUUACGUAUUUCUGGUGGUUCGGCAACAGCACGAAGCCCCUCAUCACCUUGGAUAGCAGCAUUUCCUUUACAUUCCUUGCGGAGGGAACCAACACCAUCACUGUCCAGGUGGCUGCUGGGAAUGCCCUCAUCCAGGACACUAAAGAUAUCGCAGUUCAUGAGUACUUCCAGUCCCAGCUCUUGUCAUUCUCUCCUAAUCUGGAUUACCACAACCCUGACAUUCCUGAGUGGAGGCACGAUAUUGGCAAUGUCAUCAAGCGUGCUCUGGUUAAAGUAACCAGUGUCCCGGAAGACCAGAUCCUAGUUGCUGUGUUCCCUGGCCUGCCUACUUCAGCAGAGCUCUUCAUCUUGCCCCCCAGGAACUUGACGGAGAGGAGGAAAGGCAAUGAAGGGGACCUGGAACAAAUUGUAGAGAUCCUAUUUAAUGCUCUAAACCAAAACUUGGUCCAGUUUGAGUUGAAGCCGGGGGUUCAAGUCAUCGUGUAUGUCACUCAGCUGACACUGGCUCCCCUGGUGGACUCCAGCGCUGGGCACAGCAGCUCAGCCAUGCUUAUGCUCUUGUCUGUGGUAUUUGUUGGCCUGGCUGUGUUUUUGAUCUACAAGUUUAAAAGGAAAAUCCCUUGGAUUAACAUCUAUGCUCAAGUCCAACACGACAAGGAGCAGGAGAUGAUUGGGUCAGUGAGCCAAAGUGAAAAUGCCCCCAAAAUCACACUCAGUGACUUCACCGAGCCUGAGGAACUGCUGGACAAAGAGCUGGACACCCGGGUCAUAGGAGGCAUUGCCACUAUUGCCAACAGCGAAAGCACAAAGGAGAUUCCUAACUGCACUAGUGUUUAAUCCCGACCGGCCACGUGGUCAACCAUCUUUUUGACUUUUUAUUUUUGAUGAUUACUAUUACUGUUACUACGGAAAAAUGAAAAUGUCUUUUUUACCUUUGUUUACCAAGGGCCCCUUCAUAAAUAGCAGGCAGAUGCUUAACUUUGGGAGACAAAGGCUUUCUUGGCUGAUUAAAAUGAAACAAAAAGAAUAGAUGGCUGUAUUUGUGCUAAGGGCAAAUGAUGCAUCUUCCCAUGGCCUUCUUGCUUUAUUCUGCCAUCAGUAGUGCAAGGACUCUCCUUUUCCUUGUGGUCUCUCUUUUUAAGUUGGGUUGGCUUUUAAGUAACCUCCCAUCCCCCCAAAAUCAAUAACAACCCCCAGUCCCAGCACACACACCUGAUACACAAACCAUUUCCCAGUUAAAUCUGCAGCAGGUGGGUUGGUGGGGAUUGAACGUAGCUGGAGAAAGCGUGCACACCUUUAGGAGAGAGGUCCUGCCUCGUGCAUGUCAAUAGCGAGGCUACAGAUGGCUUAUUGUAAAUAAUUACAAUGUAAAUAGCUUUUUAUUUCCUGAGAAAUAAUUUAAUGUUUAGUAAAAAAGAAAACAGAAAAAAGAAAGAUGCGUGUGUUGGCUUCUGCACUCACCGUCAGAGCUGACCGACCCCCAGGCCUGCUUGGCUUGGGUUCUAGAUGCUCUCCAGUUGUCUGUCACACUUAACUCUUGCAUCUCUGUGUCCAUGCCAUAGCUGGUUUCUACUUAUGUAUAUAAAGGGGGAUGGUGGGAGGGCUUCUUUGGGACAGUUAGAAAAGGAAGGACUCUAGUGACAUCAUAGAACGUCGGGUCUUUUUGUUCCAUCCUGGAAGAAGUUGUAAGAUGAAGCCCACUAGAGACUUCAAACCCAGAUGGGGAAACAAGGCCUCUCCUUCAAAAGGAGAAAAGUGGAGGAUAUUUACUAGACUGAGAGAAUGGUUUUCUCUAAAGAAGCCAGGCGAUGGAUCUGAAAAUGAAAAUUAUUCUGUUUUCCGGUUGGAUUCCGUAGAAAUGUAUAAUGCUUAUGGAGAAUUCUUGGGCUAUUCUUGGAUCAGAGAAGUUACUUAGGCACUAGGUUAAGCCUAGUGAGUGCCUCUUGGCAUGGGAGGGGUCAGAGAGGUUGGGAAGGAGGGGGCAUUUGUGGACUCCUGAGUCCAUACAAGCCAUGCAGGCCGAACAGGGCUUUCUUAGCUGAUUAAAAUGAGACAAAGAGAAUAGAUGGCUGUAUUUGUGCUAAGGGCAAAGAAUGCAUCUUCCCAUGGCCUAGCCUUUAAUGAUAUUAGUCAAAGAAGAUUCUAGCAAAGCUGUGCUAUUUGUUUGUCAGAUGUACACAACUUCCUUAAAGUGAAAUGUCUGCCUUCAGUUCCCUUAAGAUAGUUCUUACCUCUGCGGCGAGUGGCUUUCAAAGCCAGAAUUCUGUGUUCCAGCAUCCCAGACCCUUCACCCAUAUAUAUUACACACAUCACCUCUUUUCAGUAGGUUCACUUUAAGCCAUGCUAUAAGCAUUGCUUUAUUUUUGGGCUUAGCCUGAGCACACCUAUUUUAAAAAAUGAUAUACUGUAUAUAUAUAUGGGAGGAAAGACUGAAUUUUGUACCUGUUCAUUUUUGUGGGUUAUUGUUAGCAUUCUUCUCUCUGAGACACUGAGAGAAUGUGACCUAGAGAAAUCUGGCUACAGCAUAGAUCAGGGUUAGGAGUAUUUCUAAAGAUACCACUUUUUUGUUUAAGGGUUAAAUGGGGCAGACAAUGGCAAUACUUGUACUAAACACUGGAAUACAAAUGCAUGAGUCAUAUCUAUAUAUACAGUAUAUGUACAUAUACUGUUCUUGAUUUUAUUGUUCCAUUUGAAUAUUUCUACUGUAAAAAAAAAAGACAGUGGUUUUGAAAUUGUUGAAAAUAAAUGUAUUUUUGUACAUCAAAGUGACAUACCUGGCUGAGAUUUCUGUCUUUGGGCAGUUUUCUUUAUCUAUUGUAUCAAGUCAGCUGUUACUGCAAUAAUGUUACAUGGCCAAAAAGAUUCAAAUAGCUUAUAACACCAGAUAUUUAUAGUUUGUUUAAGAGUCUUCAGGCUGGCUGUGUUUUGGCUGAGCUCAGCUGGGACAGACCUGGCUCUCCUGGGCUAGUUUGCACGUAGGCUUCAGUUGGCUGGUUCCGGUCUGCUCCAUGAGUUGUCAUCAUUCUGAGCCCAGCAGCUACCCAGUAUUUUUCAUGGUGAAUUACAGAGCUCCCAACAAGGCCAGCAGAAUACUCUGUGCCUCUAAGGUCUUGGCUCAGAGUGAUUACUUUACCAUCACCUACAUUGCAUUGACUGUGGAAAACAACACGGCCACAUCCAACAUCAGUGGGCUAGAGAAAUAGACUCUCCCUAUUCUGGUGCAAGGCAAUACUCAGUGAGGGGACAAAAGAUGUGGGUAUCAACCCAUUCCAGUGAGGGUGUGAAGAAUUAAGAACAAAAGUUCAAUUUACUAUACCUCUUCAUUCUCUGUGACCCCAUGAGGGGCUUUCAUUAAAUGGCCCAUUUGAAUCAAUAUCUCCAAGGUUCCCAUCCCAAGGUCUGUGGCCAGGACUUCUGAGCACAAGUCUUGGUAACAACCUCAAGGCCUGUGAGUGUGACGUCAGCUCCCAGUGAGCGGUAGACGUAGAACUCCAACUCAGGUCUUGAAGAUUUCAUCAGAAGAAAUGAAAAGAGGAGAGGAGACUAAGGCAUAUGUCCUUUUUUGUUUUUAAACUUUUUCAUGUUGUUUUAUCAAAACAGCAGCAAUCCUCAUUCUCUUGCCCACUGCUGAGUGAGGAAUUUGGAAGGAUCAGUGAGUGGUUCUUUUCCACAUGAGGUAAUAAAGAAAUGUGAACUAAGUACCUAGAAUAAGGGCUGCACCUGGGAUAUUUUAAUUAUUUUAGCAUUCAAAAUAUGUGACAAAUGUCCAUGGAUCCCAGAAACGAAGAAACCAGAAAGUUUUGGUCAAUGAUUUGCUUCCAUAUUUUGGAUACUAGCUGACUGUCUGGAAUCUUAUUUCCUGAACUAAAAUUGAAGAUGUAAGAUUUAACAGGUGGUUUUCUUUUGAUUUGUGGGCAUAUUUAAAGUUUUGUGUGAUUCUUGGUAUGAAUUUUCCCUUGAGUUAUACUCUCCUUUAAAACAAUUUACUAUAUAUAUGUACCUUCUUACAAUAUAUACAAUAUAUAUGUACCUCACAGUGAGAUCUAAAAGAAGUAGUGUGGGUGUUUUGGUCUAAGUAGUGGUUCAUAACACAAAGUGCCUGCACAGCUUUAAGGGAUUUGUAAUGGUUUUGCACUUCCCAAAUAAAGUAAAGUGUUUCAUCUCCUCAUCCCAAGUCAAAGGUAAAUUUUUCUAAUGCACUGGGUUUUGCUUUCCAAUAGGAUCUAAGUUCUUCCCAUGUUAAUUUCAUGUCUGCGUUGAUAAAAUUGCUCCACCAGGUUAAAAAGGAUGAAAGUGAGUUAAAAUGGUAGAACAGUACAUAUCAAUUGGUUUAUUUGGGUUAAGCCAUGCUAUGAAUAUAAUUUCAGUAUCCACCACCAGCAUAGGUUUGUCAGAUUCCACACGACUAGACAGGCAAAGGCAGAUGGCAGAGAGUGUGACUGGCUGUGUAGCCACGUCUGUGCAGGGUUUCUCACCAGUGGUUGAGGAUACUAUUUGCAUCACAACUGUCUUCUCUAAGGCAAUUCUAGACCUGCUAAGUAAGCCUGCAGAAGCAUUCUGGGGCAGGAGCCUAGCUACCAGCACUGUAAGCAGAUUCUCUGAGGAUUCUCCCAUGCACUGCAGUUUGAGAUAGCUGCUCUAUCUGCCACUAAAAUAGUUCUGGGAGAGUUUCACUGGGUAUAAGUCACUUCCCCUCACUCCUGUUACCAUGAUAUAAGGCACCUUAAUCUAGAGAAGGGAGAACAGCUUCCAAAUCUGCUCAUUUCCUCCUGGCAACAGCUGCAACUCUAAAAGAGGCACCCAACUGAGUUAUCUGGAACAAAGACACACUACGAGUCAAGGUAGUGAUGCAUUAUGCCUUGGAAAGACUAUUAAGCCAGGAAUUAGGAGAUGUCUAACUUUCAGCAAGUCAUUCUGGACCACGAUUUCCUUAUUUAUGAAAGGAGAACACUUCAUGGCCAGGCUCACUGGCUAGUUUUGAUUUCCAGAGGCAUGAAAAGCACAUUGCCAUUUGCAAAAUUCUUGAGAGAUAAGUAGGAUGGGCAGUACUUAAGAGAACUCUCUUCUUCCAUAGAGGGAUAAACUGAGACUCAGAGAGGAAAGUGCCUUCCUUAAGGUCACACAGCAAAUUAGUGCAGGGCUAAAGACAGAAUCUAUGUCUUCUUUAUAACAGGACAGUGCUCUUGCCACCAACCACUUCUCUAAUGAAUGCAAAACUGAUUGAACUUCACACUGAGAGUCAGUACAGAGGUGGAUGGUCAUGCCAAUAUGCUCUCAUAUUUACAAUGUCCAGGAUGGUUUAGGAUCUAACUUCCCAAGUGUGUUUAUAAUUCAGUGGCUCACAACCAUCCACAUGCCAUUGCCCUGCUGACCAACUUGUUUAGCAACCCAUAGCUUGAUGCCCUUGUGUCCCUCAUUGGAUUGAAAUGAGACAGACAGCUGCCAGGCCCAGGCUGCACAUGCUGUGCUGCUUGCCUUUUAAAGUGGUUGGUCUGGUUCAGAGGGAAGAAGGCCAGAGAGCAAACACAGGCAGUGGGAAUGCCUCAUCCUGACACACACCCCAGAUCCUGCCAAAUUUGCUUGUCUGCUCCAACAGGACUGCCAAGGGGACCAGACAUAUGCCCCACAAUUACCUCUGAAAGUGCUACCAAAUCUUGAUGUCCCUUAAACUUACUUAAUUACCAUUAACUUUACAGUAGCAGAGUACCCUUAAAAUGUUCUUUGACUCUGUGUUUUCAGACCAUUUGUCAUGAUGAGAUACAGGGUCAUUCAAAGAGGAAUCAAUGGGACAUUGUAUACAAAGAAGGGAGGAGAGCCGCUACUGGAGUGCAAUUUAUUAAGAGACUAAGUCUCAAUAAAACUUGGAUCCAUUACCUUUCAGUUAUCUGAGACCCAAAAGGGUCAAAUGGCAUAAUCAAGGUCCAAUUUCCCUAUCUAUAAAUUGAUGAACUAUCUUGCAGGAUUAGAACCCAGAUCCAAUUAGGUGAUUUGUGUAAACACACACUCAAUAACUAGGGCUUAACAGAUAAUGAAUUUGAGAAGCUCUAGUUCGGUCGUGCUGGAUCAUUUUCCUCCCUGGCCUUAAGUUGUAAAAAUCAUCAAUAGUCUCUCACUCAGGGCUGUACUCCCAGGGAGAGAAGUCAGAAUUACAUGGGGAGACAUGCCAUCUCCCUCGGUGUCUCCUUAGAAGGAAGAGCAUUUUGGUUAAAAUCAACUAUUUACAACCUUGAUCCCCAAAGUCACUGCUUCUUUAACUGGUUUUGUAAAACUAUAUAACUGAUACAAUUUUCUUUGGACCAUAUGAAAGGGACAAAAAAUGGACACCUCUAAUCAAGGCUGCCACAAAUGUC